UUACACUUAAGAUGGCGGGACCGUCACCACGACACCACCCCAGUCAACACUCAGUCUCCGAACAAGUAUCAAGGGUGUAGUGUCAGUGUGUUGGGUUAUUAAUAAAACGAAGAUAAAGAAAUUAAAAUGCCUGCAAUGGCGGAGUGAUGGAGGGCUGUGAGGGUCGCCCACGUUCACCACGGCCCCGGGGAGCACGCUGGAGGGGAGACUGUAUGAGCAAGGCCAGCACUUUACAAAUCUUCACUUCAAGAGCGUGUGGUGAACCAGUGAGCCGAGUGUGCACCAUUUCUUCCGCCACGGAGCUUCGGGUCGCCUGUGUUAGCCGCAGAAAGCAGUGCGUCAAGUUUUCACACUAUGAAAAGCCCCCUGCAAACACGCCCCCAAGCCAGAGUGAUGUAGAACCCGCCUUGCCACUCCCUUCCUUGACUUAGAGAGAUGGCUUUUGUUAUGAGGUGGAAUCCUGUACUGUAGCCUGUUGAUAGUGAUGCUGAUGAUGAUAAUGUAUUGUAGCCUGUUGAUGGUGAUGAUGGUGAUGGUAGAGAUGAUGAUAAUGUACUGUAGCCUGUUAAUGGUGGUGAUGGUGAUGGUUAAUGUACUGUAGUCUGUUGAUGGUGGUGAUGGUGAUGAUAAUUAGUGAUCUAUCAUAUCUUAAUUGCCUCUGGUCUUCUGUAAUCUUUUGGUUCAGCUCUUUUAAAAGGACCAACAACUUCAGUGGACCUUAUGUUAUUUCAGAGCACCCCUUACGUAAAAGAUCAUGAAGGAAUAAAAUACAAGACGCUCUUCCUUUGUUAUAAACGUAAUGGGGUGGGGAGAAACCUUCGCCUGUACUAUCCCACGUCUCGUACUGGUGUUAGGUAGUGUAGGUUAUCGCUAAUAGAUCAAAUAGUCACGUAAGAAUCAAAUUGUUAACUAUUAUCUGUUCUACCUUAGUGGUCACUUUGAAAUAUCUUUAACGCUAUUCAGUGCUUUGCCAUUUUUUCCCAUAAUCCCUUAGCAUUUUUCAGACAUGUUUUUUUUUUGUACUAUAGCAUAUUAAUUAGUUUUGUAAAAUAUAAAAUAGAUAAUGAAC